AUGUCGUAUAACGAUAACGCCUACCACGACCCGAACCGGGCCAACCAGGCUCAGGGAGGCUAUCAGGAAACUUAUAGCCAAUCUGACGAAGCGUUUGGUCAGCCAGGUCAACAGGAAUAUUAUGAUCCACAAGACCCUUACUACCAAGGGUACGCACAAGGUUUCGACCAACAAGACGCUUAUUACCAACAAGGAUACGACCACCAGUAUUCUUCCGAUCCAAACUUGAACCAACAAGGCUACUACGAUCAGCCAGGUUCGCGUGAUGCUGAGGCAUACUCGGAUUUCAGUUACGGCCCAGGUGGUGCUCCAGGCACUCCUUACGACGGUUACGGCACACAAUACACCCCAUCCCAGAUGAGUUACGGUGGCCAGAGAUCGUCCGGUGCCUCGACUCCUGUCUACGGUGCUGGUCCAUACGACCAAUCCGGCAUGGUUGCUCUUCCAACUGACCCGUAUCCAGCAUGGACCGCAGAUAACCAAGCUCCAGUUACCAUCGAGCAGAUCGAGGACGUCUUCAUUGACCUCACCAACUGCUUCGGUUUCCAAAGAGACUCCAUGAGAAACGUCUUUGACUACUUCAUGACCAUGCUGGACUCGAGGUCCUCGAGAAUGUCUCCAGCCCAGGCCUUGCUUUCCUUGCACGCCGACUACAUUGGUGGUGACUCUGCUAAUUACAAGAAAUGGUACUUUGCUGCCCAACUUGAUCUCGACGAUGAGGUUGGAUUCCGUAACGUUACCAUGGGUAAAUUGUCCAGAAAAGCUAGAAAAGCCAAGAAGAAGUCUAAGAAGGCUAGAAAGGCCGUUGAAGAAAACGGUGAGGACACCGAAAGAACCCUGACCGAGUUGGAAGGUGACAACUCUCUGGACGCCGCUGACUACAGAUGGAAGGCCAAGAUGAAUGCUAUGGCUCCUCUUGAGCGUGUCAGACAGAUCGCUUUGUGGCUUUUGCUUUGGGGUGAAGCCAACCAGGUCAGAUUCACUCCAGAGUGUUUGUGUUUCAUCUUCAAGUGUGCUCAGGACUACUUGAAUUCGGAGGCCUGCAGACAAAGAGCAGACCCAGUUCCAGAAGGAGACUACUUGAACAGAGUCAUCACUCCUCUCUACCGUUACAUCAGAGCUCAAGUCUACGAAGUUGUUGAUGGCCGUUACGUGAAACGUGAAAAGGACCACAACAGCAUUAUCGGUUACGAUGACGUCAACCAGCUUUUCUGGUAUCCAGAAGGUAUUGCCAGAAUUGUCAUGGAAGACGGUACUAGACUUGUUGACUUCCCAACCGAAGAGAGAUACUUCAAGCUCGGCGAAGUUGAAUGGGACAGCGUUUUCUUCAAGACUUACAAAGAAAUCAGAACUUGGUUGCACAUCAUCACCAACUUUAACCGUAUCUGGGUUAUGCACAUCUCUGUUUUCUGGAUGUACAUUGCCUACAACGCUCCAACUUUCUACACUCACAACUAUGUCCAAGUGCUGAACAAUCAGCCUUUGGCAUCCUCCAGAUGGGCUGCUGCUGCAUUGGGAGGUACUGUUGCUUCUGGUAUUAAUAUUUUGGCCACCAUUUUCGAGUGGAUGUUCGUUCCUAGAGCCUGGGCUGGUGCUCAACACUUGAGCAGAAAGCUCGGUUUCUUGUUCCUGAUCCUUGCCGUCAACCUUGCACCGGUUGUUUUCGUGUUUGCUUGGGCUGGUUUGCAAUCCAAAUCUAAGGCUGCAGAGGUUGUGGCGAUUGUGUCGUUCUUCAUUGCCAUUGCCACGAUCGUUUUCUUGUCUGUUAUGCCUUUGGGAGGUUUGUUCACUUCUUACAUGAAGAAAUCGACCAGAAGAUACGUUGCUUCCCAAACUUUCACGGCAUCAUUCCCACGUUUGUCUGGACUGGACAUGUACCUCUCCUGGUUCGUGUGGUUCUUGGUUUUCCUUGCCAAGUACUGUGAGUCUUACUUCUUCUUGAUUCUGUCUCUGAGAGACCCAAUCAGAAACUUGUCCACCAUGAACAUGAGAUGUACUGGUGAGAAGUGGUACGGUAACGUUGUCUGUAAGCAUCAGGCAAAGGUUACCCUUGGUUUGAUGAUGGCUACCGAUUUGGUGUUGUUCUUCUUGGAUACUUACAUGUGGUACAUUUUGGUCAACUGUUUGUUCUCCGUUGGAAGAUCUUUCUACUUGGGUAUCUCUAUCUUGACCCCAUGGAGAAACAUUUUCACCAGAUUGCCAAAGAGAAUCUACUCCAAGGUCCUUGCCACCACCGACAUGGAAAUCAAGUACAAGCCAAAGGUUCUUAUCUCUCAAGUCUGGAACGCUAUCGUUAUCUCCAUGUACAGAGAGCACUUGUUGGCUAUUGAUCACGUUCAAAAGCUUCUUUACCACCAAGUUCCAUCUGAGAUUGAAGGUAAGCGUACCUUGAGAGCUCCAACCUUCUUUGUUUCCCAGGAUGACAAUAACUUUGAGACUGAGUUCUUCCCAAGAAACUCUGAGGCCGAAAGACGUAUUUCUUUCUUUGCCCAAUCCUUGGCUACUCCUAUUCCUGAACCAUUGCCAGUUGACAACAUGCCAACCUUCACUGUGUUCACUCCUCACUACUCUGAAAAGAUUUUGCUCUCUUUGAGAGAGAUUAUCAGAGAAGACGAUCAAUUCUCCAGAGUCACCUUGCUUGAGUACCUGAAACAAUUGCACCCAGUUGAGUGGGAAUGUUUCGUUAAGGACACCAAGAUCUUGGCCGAAGAAACUGCUGCUUUCGAGAACGGCGAAGAGAAGGACGACGACAACAUGAAGAACGAGAUUGAUGACUUGCCAUUCUACUGUAUUGGUUUCAAGUCUGCUGCUCCUGAGUACACUCUGAGAACAAGAAUCUGGGCUUCUUUGAGAUCCCAAACCUUGUACAGAACUGUUUCUGGUUUCAUGAACUACUCCAGAGCUAUCAAGUUACUUUACCGUGUUGAGAACCCUGAGAUCGUCCAAAUGUUCGGUGGAAACGCUGAGGGUUUGGAGAGAGAGCUUGAGAGAAUGGCUAGAAGAAAGUUCAAGUUUGUUGUUUCCAUGCAACGUUUGACCAAAUUCAAGCCAGAAGAACUCGAGAACGCUGAAUUCUUGCUCCGUGCCUACCCAGAUUUGCAAAUUGCUUUCUUGGAUGAGGAGCCUCCUCUUAACGAGGGCGAUGAGCCAAGAAUUUUCUCUGCUUUGAUUGACGGACACUGUGAGAUUAUGGAGAAUGGUAGAAGAAGACCUAAGUUCAGAGUUCAACUUUCCGGUAACCCAAUUUUGGGUGAUGGUAAGUCUGAUAACCAGAACCACUCUAUCAUUUUCACCAGAGGUGAAUACCUGCAAUUGAUCGAUGCCAACCAGGACAACUACCUGGAAGAGUGUCUGAAGAUCAGAUCUGUGCUUGCUGAAUUCGAAGAAUUGAACGUUGACCACGUGAACCCAUACGCUCCUGGUCUUAAGUCUGAGAUCAGCACCAUUUCACAUCCUGUUGCCAUUGUUGGUGCUAGAGAGUACAUUUUCUCUGAGAACUCUGGUAUUUUGGGUGAUGUGGCUGCCGGUAAGGAACAAACUUUCGGUACCUUGUUUGCUAGAACUUUGGCUCAGAUCGGUGCUAAAUUGCACUAUGGUCACCCUGAUUUCUUGAAUGCUAUCUACAUGACCACCAGAGGUGGUGUCUCUAAGGCCCAAAAGGGAUUGCACUUGAACGAAGAUAUCUACGCUGGUAUGGUUGCCAUGUGCAGAGGUGGUAGAAUCAAGCAUUGUGAGUACUACCAAUGUGGUAAGGGAAGAGAUCUCGGUUUUGGUUCGAUUUUGAAUUUCACCACUAAGAUUGGUGCUGGUAUGGGAGAGCAAAUGCUUUCUAGAGAGUACUACUACUUGGGUACUCAGCUCCCAUUGGACAGAUUCCUCUCUUUCUACUAUGCUCACUUGGGUUUCCAUAUCAACAACUUGUUCAUUCAGUUGUCUCUUCAAUUGUUCAUGCUCACCUUGGUUAACUUGACUGCUCUUUCUCACGAAUCGAUCUUGUGUCUUUACGACAGAAACAAGCCAAUCACCGACAUCCAGUACCCAUUGGGAUGCUACCAAUUGAUGCCAUCCAUCGACUGGAUUAGACGUUACACAUUGUCCAUUUUCAUUGUGUUCUUCAUUGCUUUUGUUCCAUUGCUUGUCCAAGAACUGAUCGAGAGAGGUGUUUGGAAGUGUGCUUACAGAUUCUGCAGACACUUCUUGUCUUUGUCUCCAUUGUUCGAAGUGUUUGUUGCUCAGAUUUACUCUUCCUCCCUGUUGAACGACAUCUGUGUUGGUGGUGCCAGAUAUAUCUCCACCGGUAGAGGUUUCGCUACUGCAAGAAUUCCAUUCUCCGUGUUGUACGCUAGAUUUGCCGACUCGACCAUUUACGUUGGUGCUAGAUGUAUGAUCAUGUUACUGUUUGGUACUGUUGCUCACUGGCAACCUGCUCUUCUGUGGUUCUGGCUGUCCAUUGUUGCAUUGAUGUUCUCUCCGUUCAUCUUCAACCCUCACCAAUUCUCUUGGGAGGACUACUUCAUUGACUACAGAGACUUUAUCAGAUGGUUGUCCAGAGGUAACACCAAAUGGCACAGAAACUCCUGGAUCGGUUACAUCAGAUUGACUAGAUCCAGAGUUACUGGUUUCAAGAGAAAGACCAUUGGAGACGACUCCGAGAAGGCUGCUGGUGAUGCCGCUAGAGCCCACAGAUCCAACAUCUUCUUCUCUGACACUUUCCCAUGUAUUGUCUACACUGCCGGAUGUUUCCUUGCUUACACUUUCAUGAACGCUCAAACCGGUGUUAUUGACGCUCCUGUUGUCAACUCUGUUUUGAGAUUGGUCAUUUGUUCUUUGGCUCCAAUUGUCAUCGACAUUGGUGUUCUGUUUGUGUGUUUGGGACUGUCCUGUUGCGCAGGUCCAUUGCUUGGAAUGUGCUGCAAGAAGACCGGAUCUGUCAUGGCUGGUGUUGCCCACGGUGUUGCUGUUCUGAUCAACAUUGUGUUCUUCAUUGUCAUGUGGGUUUUGGAAGGUUUCCACUUUGGCAGAAUGUUGGCUGGUUUGAUCACCAUGAUCUACGUCCAAAGAUUAAUCUUCAAGUUCAUGACUCUUUUGUUCCUCACCAGAGAGUUCAAGAACGACCACUCCAACGUUGCGUUCUGGACUGGUAAGUGGUACGGUUCUGGUUUGGGUUACAACGCCUGGACCCAACCUGCCAGAGAGUUCUGUGCCAAGAUCAUCGAGAUGUCUCACUUUGCUGGAGACUUUGUUCUUGGACACGUUCUUUUGUUCCUGCAAUUCCCAAUUGUUUGUUUCCCAUUCGUGGAUAGAUGGCACUCCUUGAUGCUGUUCUGGUUGAAGCCAAGCAGACAGAUUAGACCUCCAAUCUACUCUUUGAAACAGGCUAGAUUGAGAAAGAGAAUGGUGAGAAAGUACUCUGUUUUGUUCUUCACCAUUUUCGUCAUUUUCAUUGCUUUGAUUGCUGCUCCAGCUGCUGUUGGAUCCAUCAAGACCGUCGACAUUGAAAAGUCUGUUGGAAGCCUGCCUUCCUUUGCCGAAGGUUUGUUCCAACCAAGACACCAAGACAACAACGACACCGGUUUCGGUACCAGUGGACUUACCCACCACUGGACCACCACCACCUCGUUGGCUACCUGGUCCACCAAAGCAUGA